CCAAACUCUAUUAUCAUGCCAUUAGGGUUUCAGCACUCAUCCUUUUCUAUGCCUACCUUUUUCUUGCCUGCAUGAGCCACUUAUGUAGCCUCUUAACAGUGCUCCUCUGAUCAACACUAAGAUCCUUAGGGGCUAAGAAACUCUCUCCAACCAUCUCUUCCCCCAACCCUACCAUAUAUAAAUCAAAGACACCAUGGAACAAAGGAAAUAGAUAUCCUUUUCCCCUCCACAUCUCUUCUUCUCUUGCUAUCUCUUUCUCUCUGUAUCCUCCCCUUUCCUCUCACUCUGUCAAUUGGUGGAUGUGCGAAACUGGACCUUCUCUUGUCUCCUAUCAUCUUUAAGAAAGAAUUAUUAGAAGAAAGAAGAAGAAGAAGAAGAAGUAAGCAUGGAUUUUUCCUCUGCUCCGGUCUAUAUGGAUCCACCCAACUGGAACCAGCAACGACAGCUUCAGCUUCCAGCCGCUGCCGGUGGAGGCGGUGAGGCUCCUUUGCUCCCUCCGGGGCUGGCAGGACCGCCGCCGGAAGCUGGUGCAGCAGCUGCAGGCUCAUCCAGGCCUCUCUCCAUGACGGAACGAGCACGCGUGGCGAAGAUCGUCCAGCUGCCCGAGCAUCCGCUCAAGUGCCCGCGGUGCGACUCCACCAACACCAAGUUCUGCUACUUCAACAAUUACUCCCUCUCGCAGCCCCGCCACUUCUGCAAGACCUGUCGACGCUACUGGACCCGAGGCGGCGCUCUCCGAAACGUUCCUGUGGGGGGGGGCUGCCGCCGCAACAAGCGGAAUAAGUCUUCCGGGAGCUCCUCGAAAUCGACUGCCACCGCCUCCACAGCCGACCGUCAGGAUGGCACCUCAUCCUCGUCGUGCAUGGCCACCGGUGCCGGCGGUGCUAUCCCACCAAGCAUACCCCAGCCGGGCCAGUUGCCCUUCUUGGCCUCCAUGCACGGUCUGGCCGACUAUGACGCCUCAAAUCUGGGCCUCAACUUUCCAGGACUUCCUCCCAUGGACGCACCUGACUACCACGUGGGAAGUAAUUCGAGCGUCGGCAUCGAGCAGUGGAGGCUGCCGCAGAUCCAGCAAUUGCAUCUUCUGGGAGGAUCGGAGCCACCACAGCCGCCUGCGGUGCAACUGAUGCCAGGGCUGUUCCAUGUCAACAGAGAAGGCGAGAGGGAUAGCACCGCAGGCCGAGUCUUUCCGAAGCUUUCAGGCUCUUCACUGAUCACGCAGCUGUCACCGGUGAAGAUGGAAGACAACCCUCAGAGUCUCAACCUGCCAAGGCACUAUUUAGGUCUUCCGGGAAACGAGCAAUACUGGAAUUGGUGGUGACAGGGGUGGCAUGCGACAGCAGUGGAGAUUGGGCCACAGAUCUUUCAGCUUUCAACUCUUCCUCACCAGGCAACGUCUUGUAAUUUCCAGUCCAUGGCUCGACUCCUUCGCUCUACCCAUAAGCCUUGGAAGCUCAAAUCUUGCCAUUGCGCUUGGUUAGUCUCCCAUCUUCUCUUCAUGAUCAAAAUGAAAGAACUCAGAGAGUGGCUGCAUGCUGAAGAACAUGUUUAACUGUAGGAUAGUGUAUCCUUUUGAAUCUACUCUGUGCUUCUUCUUUCCUCCCUUGUUUCUCGCCAUUUCAAGAUGGUGGUGUCUCUGACACGAGCUUGCAACCACAGUAAUGCGCUUGAUUGGCUCGGGUGGAAAUCUACUCGCAUCAUUACUGUCAGACCUGCCAUCUGAUAGAGAUUGUUCUUUUGCUUUGUUCAUCAAUCCUGACCACAUCUAGCAAUUACAGCCUUGUUCUUA